AUGAACUUAGGCCAGCCGUUAAAAAUUUCUAUUUUAGUAACACAAAUCUUAAAUGUGACAAGAAACAUUCAGGGAGAGUUAGAACUAUCAGGAAUCGAAGGCAAAUUCAUUCACUUACUGAUGAAUGCGAUGAAACUUCCAUUCGAAAUUAAGAUACCACCAGAUGGAGAAUGGGGAAGGAAAAUGGACAAUGGCAGCUGGACUGGAUUAGUUGGUAUGGUACAUAGAGGAGAAGCUGACUUGGCAAUCAGUCAACUAUCCAUAACUGCAGAAAGGUCCCAAGCAGUAAAAUUUUCAAUUCCUUAUACAGACGAGCCAAUUAAAUUUCUGACACCUGCCCCAAGAAAAAUAUCUUCCCCUUUUGUAUACCUAUAUCCAUUCGACACGUCCGUAUGGUUGUCGUGUAUAAGUGUAUUACUUUUAAUGCCAUUUAUGCAUGUACUGUUCCUUCCUGAGCGUCAAACGUACGGUUCAGCAUUGCUAAAAGUAUUUGGCAGCUUGCUAAAGCAGCCACUGUGCACUCAAAGCAAAUCCAUGCAUAAAUUUUGCAUUUUGUUGUGUUUAAUUUUUUCCAUGGUUAUUUCUUUUAGCUACUGCUCUGUUCUUUUGUCUUUUUUAAGUGUGCCCCUUUAUGAGCCUAAAUUGCGGACAUUCAAUGACCUUUCCAAAGCAGUUCUGAGAGGUCAUUUGAAAUGCCAGGUGACUUUAGGAUCGUUUAUUUUACCAUUUCUUUUGCAUUCUACCGACGAACAAUUGAGAAAUGUAGGUGAGUUAAUUCAAAAGAACUCGUGGAGUUUCCAAGUUAAGCAUUACCAGAAUAAAUCCGUUGAUUAUGGAUCUGCUGCUGUUUCGUCAUUUCUGACGUUGCAAUCAUUCUACAAAGGGUAUAAGAACGUUGUGUUUUCUGAAGAUUCUCUUGUAACUACACCUAUAGGUAUUGCAAUGAAGAAAGGGUUUUGCUGUGAAGAAAAAUUGAACGAUAUGAUAUCCAGAAUUAAAAACAUGGGAUUGUAUGAGAAGAUUGAAUCUGACGAACUGUUACCUACGUCAUCAACAGCAAGUGUUCCUUAUAAGUUAACCAGAGAAAUCGUUGCAAUAAGUGUUGAAAAUAUGUACGGUGUUCUAUUUCUUUUAAUCGCGGGAUAUGUUCUAUCGUUUGCAGCAUUAAACACAAGUAUUAAAGUUUCCGAUUAA